AAACGCCAUUCAAACCAUAAUUUGAGAAUAUAUCAACCGAAGGACAAACACAGAUUUUGCUUUGGUUCAUUUGAUCAGUCUGUCAGUGAUCGAAAGAACGCGCGCGUCGUUUGGUGCAGAGACGAAUCAGAAGCCCCUCAAUGGUUCCUCUGCAGAGACCCUCUCUUCAAGAAUGGCCAAAGAAGAUUCAAAGCAACACCGCAACGGCUCGAUGAGAGACUUCGAUGAAAUGGACUGAAAUUAAGCAGUGGAUUUAUCCAUCUGUGAUCUUUUCAUUACAUGGAGGAGAGCACCGAGCCAAAGAAAGCUGUGGGAAUGACACAAUCGCACAGCCAUUAAAGUCUUUCAUUUGAUAUCAAGCCUGUUUUAAUGUUGGACUUCAUCUUAUCUUCAGCAUGCCAGCCUCUCUAGCAAUGCUGAUCAUGUCUGCGUCGUUUUUCAACCCGAGUUUUGCCCUCAGCUCUCAUUUCGACUCAGAUGGCGCUCCAUUGAGUGAAUUAUCCUGGUCUUCGUCUCUGGCUGUAGUGGCUGUCUCUUUCUCUGGACUCUUUACAUUUAUCUUCCUCAUGCUGGCUUGCCUGUGCUGCAAACGUGGUGACAUUGGCUUUAAGGAGUUUGAGAAUGCAGAGGGAGAGGAGUGCCCAGCGGACAUGUCUAUGCCGGCAUCGCCUGCAUCUCACAACGGUCCUGACGUCUACAUCCUGCCUCUCACUGAGGUCUCGCUGCCCGUCGCCAAGCAACCCGGCCGAUCAGUCCAACUCCUAAGGUCCACAGAUCUUGGGCGCCACAGCUUGCUUUAUGUGAAAGAGAUCGGACAUGGUUGGUUCGGCAAGAUAUUGUUGGGGGAGAUCCACUCGGGUAUCAGCAGUACCCAGGUUGUAGUAAAGGAACUGAAAUCCAGCGCCAGUGUUCAGGACCAGAUGCAUUUCCUGGAAGAGGCUCGACCAUACCGGUCUCUGCAGCACCCGGCUCUAGUGCAAUGCCUCGCCCAAUGUACAGAUGUCACACCUUAUUUAAUGGUCAUGGAGUUCUGCCCUCUGGGUGAUGUUAAAGGUUACCUGCGCAGCUGCAGGGCAGCAGAUUCAGUGAGCCCUGAUCCUUUACUGCUUCAGAGAAUGGCAUGUGAGAUCACCUCAGGCCUACUGCACCUUCACAAAAACAACUUCAUCCACAGUGAUUUGGCUUUAAGAAAUUGCCUACUAACAUCGGACAUAAGUGUCAAGAUCGGAGACUACGGACUAUCACACAGCAAGUACAAAGAUGACUACUUUUUGACAUCAGACCAAACAUGGAUUCCUUUGCGUUGGAUAGCCCCUGAGCUGGUGGAUGAGGUUCAUGGUAACUUGCUGGUUGUGGACCAAACUAGGGAGAGCAAUGUCUGGUCACUUGGCGUAACCAUCUGGGAGCUGUUUGAGUUGGGCAAUCAGCCAUAUCGCCAUUAUUCCGACAGACAGGUUCUUACCUAUGCUGUGAAGGACCAGCAAUUAAAGCUGCCAAAGCCUCUCCUCAAGUACCCUCUUGCUGAUCGCUGGUAUGAAGUAAUGCAGUUCUGUUGGCUUCAGCCUGACCAAAGGCCCACUGCAGAAGAAGUUCAUUUGCUACUUAGCUACCUGUGUGCUAAAGGUGCCAGCGAGGCAGAAGAGGACUUCGAGAGACGCUGGAACUCUAUGAGACCAAACACGAGCCAUGCUAAUCUACAUGGAGCAGGGGCACUUGCAAUUGACAUGCCCAUCUCAUCCACUUCUUCGUCAUUCCCCCUCCUGGAGCAGUUUCCCGCUGGAGAUGGUUACCACUCUGAAUCUGGAGAUGACAUCCUAACAGUUACUGAAACCAGCCAUGGACUCAACUUUGAGUACAAGUGGGAACAGGCUAGAGCUGAACAGCACUACCUUUCCUCUUCCACCACCGGCACUUUGGGUAAUCCUCACUGUCAGGAGGUCUUCUACCCUCCAGGUGGAAUGGUUGGGGGCUGUGCCGUUGAAGGACUUGCCUUAAGAGUUUCCCCUUCAUACUAUGAACCCAAGCAGCUGCAAACCCCAGUUGUGGUACCAGUCCUAAGUGCUCAUAGUCCAUCGAUGAGCAAUGAGUAUUACAUUCGCAUUGAGGAACCCGUACAAAGCAAUAUUGAUAUGAACUUCACCAUGUGUGCUUACAGUCCAGAAUUUGAAGGUAGCAAUGGAAGCUUUUUAACAGGUAGUGGAGACUCUGGGGACUGUAUCAUCAGCUGUCCAGCUGAAACUAAGCCAGAUAUCUAUUGGGCGGCAGAGGUCCACAAAUGCAGUGCCUAUGAUUCAGACAACAGUCCUGCUACAUCUUUAACUAUGGAGCCACUUUUAAGCCAUGGUAGCCCUAUCAGGCCAUGGGAGUCUGGUCACUAUGUUUCAUACAAAGACAGAGAUGGUGGUUACUAUUAUGAACCAUCUCCGCCUAAGAGAAUGGACCACUACCUGAUCAGAGGCUCAAUAGAUACUCCGCAAGAAAGCUGGGGGUCUCGAAGCCUAAGACAGGCUCUUGGGGAACUGGAGGACCCUUUAGGGGUCUCUCCAUCAGUCAGCAGUCCUCCACAUGACUAUGCUGAUCCUUACCUUGAGAACAUCCAAGGUGCAAUCAUAGGAAAAAAUGUUACAGGAGGAUACUAUGAUAUGAUGGGUUCUUUGAGGAAGACUAUGCCAGGUAACCACUCUGUGUGUAUUGACAUAGCGACAGGCGGAGCUAUAUUUGUAGGGCGAGACGACAGUGACUCAGAAGAAGAGGAUAUAUUUGUUGAGAGGCGAGGUAGGAGCUGGUCCGCCAGCAAACCGGCUAAUAACACAAGGGGGUUUUGUCAUAGGCAGUCUUCUUGUCCACAGGAUUCUUAUGCAGAUUUCCCCUACACUAUGCCAAUGACAGAUGUUGAAGAUGCUUGGCCAGAAGAGCAGAGCCUGCCAUACCACAUGACCAAACCAGUCGACUACUUGGAGGCACCCGUAAAGAGUAACGCUUGUUUAGUUCAUGGAAGACAUGUUGCGUCAAACCCUUCACCCGAGUGCAACUCUUAUUUACAUAUGUGCCAUGAACCCAGAGAGGCUGAAGUAUAUCCCGUACCAUGUUGUCAGGCUUUGAGUAGUUCACAUUUUGUGGACCCUCUAACAGGGGCACAUGUAAGAAAUUGCUUCAUGAUUGACUGUGUUCCAGGAAAAAGCAUUGGGUUUCCCCAAAAAGACCAACAUCUAGGACAAGCACCUUUAUCUGCUGGACAUAUAGUCUCCAAAAUCGAAUCAUCAAGGGAUGGUUUAAAACAAUUUGACAUCUCAGAACAUUAUGUGGAUUUUGCAGUAGGGGACACAAUCGGCAAACAAGAAAAAGCAUUGCAUCAAGAUACAAUUCCAACAGACCCUAAAACUGAACCCAUUACAAUCACAUCACAGUUGGAGAAAGCCCCAACCGAAGUAGUCGGUACAGAACCAGAAUCAGAAUUGAGUAAGACAGUGGACAGUGGUGUGGAUCGUGGACACUCUAGUAUCAGUCUGGUGGAGAUUUAUGACAGUAGCGAUGAUGACAUCACUGAUGUAACCUCAGGGAUUUUUGGUGACUUCACAGUAGAAGGAGAAACUGCUGAGUACACCAAUCCAACAUUCAAGUCUUUACAGACGCACGUUGGCACCCCAGACUCAAUAGACUCCAUUAACAUACCAUCUACAGUAUGUUCCAGUGAGACACUCAGUCCUGCCUUGAUCCAUCCAUCAAGCUCUCCCAAGACUGUGGACAGUGGAUAUGACACAGAAAACAAUGAAUCUCCAGAAUUUGUCUUAAAGGAACCACAUGAACUACAAGAUUCCAAAGCCUUAAUCCAACCCUUGGGGAAGGUAACAUCUGGGACUACAUUUGUCAGCAAAGAACUAGAGAUUGAAAGUGCACAAGCUGAGCAGCUUGUGGAAGAUGCUGAUAUCGUAAUUGCCUUAACAACAUCUGAGAGCAGUGAUGGGGAGCUGAAUGCACUGAGUGAAAAAACCCCAUACAGAGAUUCUGCCUACUUCUCUGAUUAUGAAGCAAGCAAAGAUAAAGAAAGCGAAGAGGACAUGAAUGAAAUUGAGGAUCAGAAAGAUGAAAUUAUGAAUAAACAAGAGCUAAUUUCUCAACUGGAGACGGAUUUAGAUGAAAAUCGUUUGCCAAUAGAGAAUGAAGAAACGCUUAAACAGACGGAAGACGUAACCUUCACAGAUCUGCCAAAAGUAAAUGAAAGUGUUCCUGCUUGUGACCCUGCCAUCUGUAGUGUGUCUCUCACAACUUCUGAGGAAGUAGUUUCUAUCAUAAAAUGUGUUGAUGUUGAAGAUCUUGGCAUAGAAUCAGAUCAUUCUGCUGAACUUGAACCACCUGAAACCCAAAUAACUAAUUACAAUGACUCCUCUGAGGCCAAUGCAAAGGAAGAGGAACAAGUUAGGAGUGAGGAAAGUCCUCUUGACCUGCUAAGCUCCGAAGAUGAUGUUGCAAACCCCAAUGAGUCCAUUCCAGAAGUCCUUAUUUCGGAAGAGAAGGUCAUAGUUAAUGAACUGAGCUGUAACAUUAUGUCCCAAGAAGAACCAGUGACCUUUCAGAAGGAAACCGAGAAGGAAAUGGUGAUUUCCGAAGCAGAAAAUGACAGUUUAUCUGAUUCCCCUACACUUGAGCAACUGGAAUCCAAAAUAGACACUUCUGAAGGGGGUGGACAUAAAAGAAGCUUGACUCGUACUUGUUCUCCUCCCCCUCCGCUAGAAGGACGGAGGUCUCCUACAGAUGGAGAGGAGGCAGAUGAGGAAGAUGGCGACUCUGAGGACAGCGAUGAAUCGGAUGAGGAACUGCGUACAUACAGCAUCCAGGAGCAAAUUGAAGAAAGUGAGGAUGAGAUCUUGCCUGUACCUAUUAUUGUGAGUGACUGCAGUGAUGCACACAAACUUCGAAGCCUACUGAAGAUGCCGACUUUGCAAAGCGAUACACUGUGCGAUGAAAUGGAGACCAGAAAGAAGGUGGUGUCCUUCUUUGAUGAUGUCACCGUUUAUCUGUUUGACCAGGAAAGUCCUACCAAGGAGCUGGCAGAUCACAGCUUUCCUCUUGAUGGAGAGUCGAGCAAACAGAGUACUAAGAGCAAAGUGCCAAACCAGCAGGACAAAGUCAAUGUUUCAGACGAUUCUUCUGACGGAAAUAUUUCAGAAGAGAGUGCCGGGUUGGAAUGGGAAGAUGAUUUCUCCUUGUUACCCCUUCCCACAUCUACCAAGGGGUCUCCUCCAGAUACAACCACAAAGCCGAGCUUACCAACCUGUAGCACUAAACCUGUGGCACGGGUCUCUCGUUUCACCGUCUCUCCAUCCAGUGUGUCACGUUUCUCUAUAACACAUGUCUCUGAUUCAGAUAUGGAUUCUGCAGGAGGGAGCAGUGAAGAUGGGGAAAAGGAGUAAAUCAUCACUAUACUGCCAACCGUGAGCUGCACCCACAGACCCCUCAUUUAUUUUUAUUUUGUGUGUUUGAAAGGUUGGAUCUCCUCAGAAAACUUGGAUCUCAAUGACUGUGCCUCUUAUUAUCAACAAACUCUGUACAGUAGCCCGUUUUAUAGGGCUUAGGAAUACACACCCGAACAAAGACGAAAAACACAAAUGAAUAAUUUUUGGAUGGAUCUGAUUGGUUUAAUAUGGAGCUACUGGAAAUGAACUGUGACUGUUUACAACACACAACCUACAAUACUGUAGUUUGAGUAAGUCUUCAAAACACACUCAAGGUAUGGUUGCACUAAAAAUCAGCAAGAAGAUCAAAAGAUGAGCAAACUGCAACAAAACUGUGAAGUAGCAAUGCCGGUAGUGUCGGUUUAGAAGAAUGGAGGGUUUUAAAAUGCUAUUUAACAGUGUUUAUAUGACUUAAAAAAAGUUUGACACAUGGCUGCCUUGUGUUUGUCACCUUACUAGAGUAGCAUAGUGUUAUGGUGAUGUGGCAAUCUUAAACCAGUUUAUGAGUUUCUUGUAGAUUUCAAAUUCAUUUCUUUUUAAAGAAGAUUUAAAAACUUGUCAGUAUUUAUUUGUCAUUUAUUAUACAUGGCUUUAAGUCAAUUUCCAUUUAUGGCAAAUGGUUUUGAUAUUUUGUUAUUCCCUUGUUUGGAGCCAAAUCAUGUCCCACUCAAUUGGUUAAAAAAUUACAACUUAAUAUCAGCAGCUAACCCCACUGAAUAAAAAUAGCUAUUAACUUUAUAUUAAUAGCUUCAGGACAUUUAUAUAAAAAGCUACAACAUAAAAAAAAUUAAAACAACUUGGUUUUUCAAAUCAGUUGAACGUACUAUUUUAAGUUUUUAGCUGUGAUAAGUUGACAUAACUUAUAAAAACAUUUUGAAAUUGUUGAACUUAAUUUAAGUUAAAGUAACAUAAAAAUAUAUGUUGAUUUGACAUUUAAAGUAAAAGUUGGAUCAACUUUAAAAUGACACUAGUUAGUAACGCCUACAUUUUUAUUUAAUUUAUAUGUUUAAAAAUAUAGUUGAAAAUGUUUAAAUAUUAAAAUGUGUUACCAACUAAAGUAUUUAGUAAAGUUUUUUCACCUUAAAGGGAAAGUUUACCCCAAAAUGAAAAUUCUGUCAUCACUUACUCCCUCUCAUGUUGUUACAAACCUGUAUACAUUUCUUUGUUCUGAUGAACACGAAGAAAGAUAUUUUAAGGAAUGCAUGUAACCAAACCGAUCAUGAGCCCCAUUGACUUCCAUAGUUGAAAAAAGCUACCCAGUCUCACGAACUGAUGUACCUAUAGUCACGUAAUUUUUUGAUUCUUUUUCGUGAUACUGUCACGAAUUUCUGUUUUUUCGUGAUCGUAUCACAAAUUUUUGUUUGUGUCAUUGUCGCGUAUUGGUUACACAACUGCUUUUUCCUAUUUUCAAACCAUUUUCACUUUGGUUUAUGGUUAGAUUUGGUGUUUGCAUUAGGAUGUCACUUUAAGUAUGGGUUUAUAUAAUUGUUUCUGAUUUAUUUUUUAUAUUUUCUACAUUUGAAACCAUUGUCGCUUGGCGCUAGGGUUAGAGUUGGAUUUGGGUAAGGAUGUAAUUUUAUGUAAAUCUAACCCUAAACCGAAGCAACAAUGGUAAGAAAUAGGAAAAACAGUUGGGUAACCAAUUUGUGACAAUGACACACAAACAGAAAUUUGUGAUACGAUCACGAAAAAACUCGGAAAUUCUUGACAGUAUCACGAAAAAUAAUAAAAAAUUGCGUGACUAUAGGUACGUAAUUUCGUGAGACAUGGCUGAAAAACGAAUACUAUGGAAGUGAAUGGGGCUCAUGAAUAGUUUGUUUACAAACGUUCCUCAAAAUAUCUUCCUUCAUGUUCAUCAUAACAAAGAAAUUUAAACGACAUGAAAGUGAGUAAAUGAUAGCAUAAUUUUCAUUUUUGGGUAAACAAUUCCUUUAAAUUUUUCAGUUAUAUCUAUAAAACUAAUUUUUUUAAAUGUUACCAAUCGAAGUAAGUUUUUUAAGUAAAGCACCUUUCACUUUUUACAGUGUUACAUUGAACUGUUAAACUACAGUAUGAGAAACUACCAAACAACACAUAAAUGAUAUUUACAGUACUUGCAUUAUUAUGGGGCAGUUCAUGGUUUGAUGUGUAUUUAUGAUGAUGUACUUAUCCAAAUGAUGCUGUACAUGACUGCUGUCUGUUGAGAGUUGGAACAAACUUGUGUUCUGAUCAGGGUGUUAAACACGUUUUGUUUAAAGAGUGUUAUUUAUGAACAUGUUUUAUAUUUUCUUUAAUGAUUUGUGUUCUUUAUUACACUGCAAUGCUUAAUCAACCUGUUGGAACAACUUCUGAACGAAUUGGAUUUUAACUUUGGGACAGAAACAACAUUGCCACAUCUUAGCAGACUCGGGAACGGUGGAGGAGAACGUGCUCACAGAUGUAGCAGAGAACCGUGUACAGUACAGAUGAACUCAAAGCUACCUGCACAGAUCUGAACCCGAGCAGAAAAAUCAUCAACUACUCUUGAAUAUGUUUCAUGUUUGUUGGCCUGUUAAGGCUUUAUUAUAUGUAAUCGUCUAGCUUAGAUUAAACUAGACAACAGUCCGUACUAUUUUUGUAUUGGAUUAAACCAUUUUAAACUACUGAAAGAUCAACUGGAUACUCAGGAGGAUGAACGUGUUUUCUGCCAAAGAAAUGUAUUGUGUAAUGUGGCACAAAGGCUGGUUUGGCGUGUCGUAUGUGUUUUAUUUACAGAGGCAGAGAGUCAUUGAUUCUUCCUGGGUAUAGCUGGAGAGUUUGGUGGUAUAAUAUGCGAGAGUGAUUGUAGGUCUGUUUCUGCAAUGUGUCACAACCUUAGUGAGAAAAAUAAAACAAAUCAGUUUAACAGUUUUCUCUUGUUUAACAGGGUUCCCUUUUUAAUUUCUUAUAUAUUAUUGUAGAUUUAAAUAGUACAUGGUGAUAUAAUUGUAUUAUAUCAUGUUCUGCAGGAUAAAUAAACACACAGGAAACCUUCA